AAUCGCCACGCCCGCCGGGGCAAUGGAAGACACAGCGCUGCCAGCAGUCCAGAAAGUCCUAGCAAGCCCAGAACCCCGCCUUCCCCGGGGCGGGCCCGCACGUCGCCGGGGUGAACCGGGCUGCUGGGUGCCACGAAGGCUCAGUGGGCAGCUGCGAGGCAAGGAACGUGCGGACGGUCCAGGGUCACCUGCCCAGGACGUGAUGAGACCCGGAGAGGAGCGGCCCUUGGAGGAGGGCGCAUGCGUCGCUGUCUCUGAGCUGGAGCUGCUGAAGUGGCGCGCGGCGGAGCGCAUCGACGAGGCGGCCGAGCGCCUGGGGUCCCUGAGCAGCGCUAUCUGGAGCGAGCCCGAGCUGGCCUACGAAGAGCACCAUGCUCACCGCGUGCUGACGCGCUUCUUCGAGCUCGAGCCCCCCGCCGCCUCCUGGGCGGUGCAGCCGCACUACCAUCUGCCCACGGCGUUCCGCGCCGAGUGGGAACUGCCGGGCGGCGACGUGCACGGGGCUGCAUCGCGCCCGCUGCACCUGGGCUUCCUCUGCGAGUAUGACGCGCUGCCAGGCAUCGGGCACGCCUGCGGCCACAACCUCAUCGCUGAGGUCGGGGCGGCGGCGGCGCUGGGCGUGAGGGGGGCCCUGGAGGCCUUUCCCGGACCGACUCCACCGGUCAAGGUGAUUGUUCUGGGAACCCCUGCAGAAGAAGAUGGUGGUGGCAAGAUUGAUUUGAUUGAAGCAGGGGCCUUUCAAAACCUUGAUGUUGUUUUUAUGGCCCAUCCGUCCCAAGAGAAUGCUGCUUAUCUACCAGAUGUGGCCGAACAUGAUGUGACUGUAAGAUACUAUGGGAAAGCUUCCCAUGCAGCUGCCUACCCCUGGGAAGGAAUCAAUGCCUUGGAUGCAGCGGUCCUGGCCUACAACAACCUGUCUGUGUUGAGACAGCAGAUGAAACCAGCCUGGAGGGUUCAUGGUAUAAUAAAAAAUGGUGGUGUAAAACCCAAUAUCAUUCCCUGUUAUUCUGAAUUAAUGUACUACUUCCGUGCACCCUCAAUGAAAGAGCUUCAAGUUUUAACCAAUAUGGCAGAAGAUUGCUUCCGAGCUGCAGCUUUGGCUACUGGGUGCACAGUAGAGAUUAAAGGUGGAGCACAUGAUUAUUACAAUGUUCUUCCCAAUAAAAGCCUAUGGAAAGCAUAUAUGGAAAAUGGAACAAAACUGGGAAUAGAUUUCAUUUCAGAAGAUGCAACAUUGAAUGGCCCUUCAGGAUCUACUGAUUUUGGAAAUGUGACCUUUGUAGUUCCAGGGAUCCAUCCCUACUUUUACAUUGGCUCUAAUGCCUUGAAUCAUACUGAGCAGUACGCUGAAGCUGCAGGAGCACAGGAAGCCCAGUUCUACACAUUACGUACGGCCAAAGCUCUGGCGAUGACUGCAUUGGACGUAAUUUUUAAACCAGAGUUGCUAGAAAGAAUCCGAGAGGACUUUAAAUUGAAACUUCAAGAAGAGCAGUUUUUAAAUAAAGUAGAAUGAAAGACUUAGGAGUCAUUUAUGAAUCAUUAAGAAGCAAUCAUUUUUCUCCUUUAAAAUCUUUUUUUAAUGAAAAGAUGCCACACUUGAUUUCCAGUCUUAAAGGAGUUAAAUUCCUCUCGUCCAACAAGUGAGAAGAAAAUAUUACUUCAUCAAAAUGAGAAGUAUUGCAGAUCUCCACUUGGUGGGAUUGGGUACUUUGGAAGCAGGUGUGUGAUGCCACUGGAUGACUCAUAGUUUACCAAUGAUAUUAUUUCAACACGUCUGUAUGGUAUGGAAGUAUAUUACAGGAGAUUUCAAACUAGAUAUUCAGAAUUGACACCCAGGAAAGAGUUCUUGCUAUCCUACUCAUUAUAAAUUCAAAUUCUAACUUCAGGGAGAGUUCAUAUGGAAAAUCUGACUGUGUUCUGAUUUAGAGAGUGUCUGAAGUAGGCAUUUAGUCAGAAAUGCUUGUGGGAAACAUCUAGAGAGGUAGGAAGAACAAGCUUUAGUUUCACUCUUUGAAGGAUACUGAAAGCGUUCUUUGUGUGUGUGUGUUUAUAAACAGGUUAAUGUUCCCUUACACUUUUGUGGUUACAAUUAGUUAUAAUCAACUACAAUCUGAAAAUAUUAAAUGGAAAAAGAAUCCCAGAAGUCGGCAGGUCACAUAUUUUAAAAGUGUGUGCUGUUCUGAGUGGAUGCUAAAGUGUCCCGCUCUCCCGGUCCUCCUCCAGCACACUCAGACAGUGAGUGAGCUCGGAGAGUAGGGUCAGUAUCAAUGCUGUAUAUACCACCUGCCUGUUAGUCACCUGUGGCCACCUUGGUUACCAGAUUAGCUGUUGGGAUUUUGCAGCACUUGUGAUCAGGAACCCGUAUUUUACCAAGGCACAAGGGUAGUGAUGCUAGCAUUUUAUAGUAUGCCAAAGAAAAGCCAUAAAAUGCCUCCUUUAAAUUGAAAGUUACCAUUCUUUGUUUAACAGGGAAAGGAAAAAAGAAUCCUAUACUGAGGUUGCUAAUAUACCUGGAAAGUAUGACUCUGUGAAAUUGGGAAGAAGAAAAAAGAAAUAGGUGCUCACUUUGUGGAUACACUUCAGGCUGCAAAAGUUACAGCCACGGUGCGUAGUAAGCACUUCAUGUAAAAUGGAAAAGGCAUUAGGUCAGUGUAUUGAUGUGUAGAAAAGAAUAGUAUACCUAGACAUCCACUGAUGGGUCUGGGACUGUAUCCCCUGUGGGUAACUCUGGGACAUGGUGUUAGAGGAAUUCCUAAAUUAAUAGUAGAAAUGAUACACUAACAGGACUGGACUGUUCCUGCAAGCUGUUUGCAUCAUAGCCCAAGAUGUUCUGGAAGGGUAGGAGAGGCACCGCUGGUUUUGAGCUCUGCUGUUUUGAAUCUGCUUGCUUGUACCUGGCAGCUUGGGGCUUCUACACAGAAGCCAGGCUGCACAACCUGGCUGGAUCGUACCAUUAUUUAUUGAGUUUACGAGAGACUUGGAGCUUCCUAAAGCCUCUUGCUAGCCUAGUAUUAGUUUAAAAUGACAUUUUUUAGACCUUUAGUAUGAAUUUCUUCAAGAUGAUGAAAGAGAGGUAAAACAAAUAUUUUAAGCUGUGAAUCUAGUAAAGCUAGUAUAAACUGUGAAUAUUAGAGCCUAAUUUUUCAGGGGAAUUCUGAAAUGAGAGUAAGCCUUCCAGGAAUGGAAGGGGAAGGAGAGGAAAGUGAACAAGUCCUUCCGUAAGAUCUGAUCACUUACACUUUCAGUCAGCAUGCCCCUUCUCAAUGCACCUGCCUGCUGAGAACAAGUGGCCUUUACAUCUUUAAAACAGGUUGAUUUGAAAGGCUGAGAGCUUCCUUUUGCUGAUUCACUCUCCAAAUGGCUACAGUAGCAGAGUCAGGUCAAGCCAAGCCUGGAGCCAGAAACUCCAUUCAGGUCUCCCACUUGGCUGGCAGGGCCAGAUGUGCUGCUUCCCAGGCACAUUAGCAGGAAACUGGAUUGCAAGCUCAGGCAGCACUGGAUCCCAGACACUCAGAACUCACUAUGGGAAGUAGGUGCUAUGACACAACACCCACCUUGGAUUUUUUUUCAAAUUACAGAGAUUGCAUGAUGCAACAAGCAAAACCUAAAAUAAUGUACUAACUGGCCCUUUACCAAAAACUUUGCUAGCCCCUAUUCCAUGUAACAAACAGAGCUUGUUUCUUUUUGACUUAAAUCAUAUCAUCAGCUCUCCUAUGAUAUAACUUUAAGCCUCUGAAUUCAAAACAUUUGAGAGAAAUUUAAACCAAAUGCCUUGCUAGGUUGGCUUUGAGGUUAUGAUGCAUGAGCAGUUUCU